AUGAAGUUUUACCUUAAACUUUGGAAGUCUGCUACAGAGACAUUGAGCAUGUUUUGGCAAGCUUAUGACAACAAGGCAAUGGAUCGUACAGAAUGUUUUGAGUGGCAUGGGCACAAGGUGAAUAUCCGACAUAUCUUUGCCAAGUUUGCCCCCUACCUGCUUACCACUGAGCAGAAAGAACAUCGCAUUGAAGUCUGUCAAGAUUUCCAUCAGUGUGCCGCUGAUGACCCACCCUUCAUGUCAAGGAUCAUCACUGGUGAUGAGAGUUGGGUCCACGGGUACGACCCUGAGGUGAAGCAGCAGUUGUCAUCUCCCCAACCAAAGAAGGCACAACAGAACCGCAGCUCAUUCAUCGUUUUUUUCGGCAUCUGUGGUAUUAUGCAUCGAGAAUUCGUCCUUCAAGGCCAGACCAUCAAUUGA